AUGAAUCCUCAAGAUUUUGAAGAGGAUCCAAAUCCCGCAGAAUCUGAGGAGUAUCUAGAAAUGGAUCCUGAAGAUUUUGAGGAGGAUCCAGAGAUGGAUCCCGAGGAGGAUGCACCUCCAAAAGAGGCUCCUGUUAAUGCCACCGCUGAUAAGUUGGAAAAGCUUGAAAAAUGGCCAGACCAUAAUCUUCAAGCAAGAUGUUAUAUAUUGGCUUCAAUGUCAAAUGAAUUGCAAAGGCGGUUUGAGGAGACUGUGGAUGCUACUGAUAUUCACAAACACCUACAAGAGUUGUAUGGUACACAUACUUGUUCAGGUAGGCAUGCGAUUGUCAAGGAGCUCAUGGCGGCUCGUAUGCGAGAUGAGGCUUCGGUCCAUGAAUAUGGGGUCAAGAUGAUUGGGGUUAUUGAAAAGUUAUUGAACCUUGACUUAGUUAUUCCACACGAGCUAUCGACAGACAUCAUAUUGAUGCCUUUCCCCUCCUCAUUUGACAAUUUUGUAAUCAACUUCAAUAUGAAUAAGCUAGAGGGCUGCCCUUGA